GACUCUAUGUGAACGGAAGUUACAGUGCUGCCAUUGCAAAGUCUUUUGAGGUUGUUUUCGUGGCAUGCAUGCUCUUCUAACGGUAUACCACGAUGCAGAUAUUUGUGAAAACUUUGACGGGUAAAACUAUCACUCUUGAAGUAGAAGCAUCAGAUACUAUAGAAAAUGUGAAAGCUAAAAUUCAGGAUAAAGAAGGAAUACCACCUGAUCAGCAACGUCUUAUUUUUGCUGGAAAGCAAUUAGAAGAUGGACGUACUUUAUCGGACUAUAAUAUUCAAAAAGAAUCCACCUUACAUCUUGUUCUUCGACUUCGCGGUGGUGUAAUUGAACCUACUUUACGUAUUCUUGCACAGAAAUAUAAUUGUGAUAAAAUGAUUUGUAGAAAGUGUUAUGCACGCCUUCAUCCACGUGCAACGAAUUGUCGUAAAAAGAAAUGUGGGCAUACAAACAAUAUUCGACCAAAGAAGAAACUGAAGUAAACUAUAUACUUCUACUUAAUUUCUACUUACUCAUUUUUACAAAUGUAUCUCUUCUCUAAAAGAUGGUUUUAAUAAAACGUACAUAAGAAUGUGA